AUGCUAGGAGUUGUAGUUCACAUCAGCCAGAUGGAAUGCUUACCGAUAAGCCGUAAAACUACAAUUCCCAGAAGCCUUUGCACCGCACAGCCUCCUCCAGUAGCCAAUCGGUUCCAAAGGUCCCUUUCUACCCCUUCAUUCCCUAUGAAUUCCCCUCCUCCUGUGUUCAGAGGUCUGAAGAUCCCUAAAUGUGUUGAUGAGCAGCGUAAAUUAAUAGCGCAGAAACCCUGCGUUCUUAUGGAUGAAUGGGGGUCAGAUUCCAGCGAUGACUCUGAUGUCAAGCAAGGGGACAUGCAGGAAUCGAUUAAAUCUGGUGACGUCACGGUCUGUUUCUCUGUGGAAGAGCUGGACUCUCUGGAAGAUCGACAAAAAGAGCCCAACGGAAAUGUCAAAACGAAAAUUCACCAGCGUCCCAACUUAGUGGGUUAUCUGUAUGUGAAACCUGAGAUUGUACCUAGGAUUCAUCGAGGAGAAGAGUUAUGUGUGAUCAGCGAUUUAUACACUAAGAAGAGGAGACACCGCAUCUGUAAUUCAUCGGGUAAUAACAUUAUAAACAAAAGAGAUUCUUCCUCUUUACCAUGGAGAGAGGAGCAGCGUGUAAUUCCUUUAAGAUGUAACAAGGUAAAGGAAAUUGACAAGAAAAAUGGUCCUGAAGAAACUGUUUUAUACCAAAAAGGGAGCUCCACAAGUGAUGACUAUACUCCAGCCAACGGGGAACAACAGGAAACCUCAGAAAGCUGCAUAAACAUCUGCACCAAAACGUACGCUUGCAGUGUAUGUGGGGACACCUUUAAAGAACAUUCACUUUUUCUUAUUCAUCAAUCAACACACGUAGGACAGAAAAGCCUCAUAAACAAACGUGGUAGAAAUUACAGUUCUACCAGUUAUCAAGGAGUCCAAACAGAAGACAAUCCGUACGCUUGCCCAGAACGUCGGAGGCACAUUCCACAUAUUUCUAAGCCGAUGGCGAAUAGAAAAAUUCAAACAGAAGCCAAGUCUUUCAUAUGUAAAGAGUGCGGCAAGAGUUUUACUCAGAAAGCCAGUCUUAUUAUACACCAGAGGACACACACGGGGGAAAGACCUCAUAUGUGCAAAGUGUGCGGCAAAAGUUUUAUCAGUGGAUCUUAUCUGGUGAUGCACCAACGUGUCCAUACUGGUGAAAGACCCUAUGUUUGCAACGAAUGUGGCAAAAGGUUUAUUAGUAGUUCGAAUCUGAUAAUACACCAGAGGGUUCACACUGGUGAGAAACCAUAUCUCUGCACUGAGUGUGGGAAGUGCUUCGGUCACAGUUCACACCUAGUGCGGCAUCAGAAGGUCCACACUGGAGAGAGGCCCUUCACGUGUGCUGAAUGCGGGAAGUCCUUCUCUCGGAGUUCACAUCUUGUUAGACAUCAGACCAUUCACAUGAGAAACCCUGCAAGUCAGGUGGUAUGA